UAAAUCUCAGCAUUGAAUGGAUUUUGUUUGCAACAAGCCACAUUUUUAAAUGUUAUACUUUACUUAAAAGCGGUUUAGUGUCAUAUAUGCCGUUUUAGUGCACCUGUUGAUGUUGUUUGUCUAGUGGGUGUACGUAGUAUAAUUUAACAGUUUGUCUCCCACAGCUGUUAGACAUCCGUGUCAUGCAGCUCAUUUCCAUCUCCAUUGUAAAAGUAAACCAAUAGAGGCUGUUAGUUGUAAAUAACUAACUGUCUAGUGGAGUAGACAGCAAGAAUCUUGACACAUCUCACAAUCCUUCUUACACUAUGGCUUUCGAUGGUGAAUGUGAAUGGCUUCUUGAAGUCGAUUCUUCAGCAUUAGAUUUUAAUAUAGCGGGAGGAUUUGAUGAAAUGCAUUCAGGAAGCAAGCAAUCUCACAUGACAAAUCUAUCUACUAAUUAUGCCGAUGAUAGGGACGAUAUGUCUACUACAUUUUUCAAGCAAGAUCUUAACAAUGCGAUAGAUGAUUUCUCGAAAAUCGUCCAGACACUUGCAUUGUUCAAGUAUUAUAUACGCAACAGAAAGGUCGAAACUAACCUGGAUGAACUUCACAAGCGGUUUAACGCAUUCUGUGUUCAGUGUAGCAACAAGGUUCGCACGAUAAAGCAGCAUGUUACAGCUGUCAAUCGGUCUAACCACGAAGCUUUAUCUCACCGUGAGGCAAUGCGUUACUCAUACACAGAUUUGAAAACUCGAUUCACUAUGCAAGAUGCAUCUGUCAAUAGGCUGCGGACACUCAUGGAAACAUACCAUUCAGUCGUCAAAGAAUAUACCACUGCAGCUAAGGUCAUUGAAGAGGAAAGGAAUCUUGCACAAAGAUCAGACACCACUGCCUCUGUAGUCGCUGAAACUGCAAAUUCAGAGGAUAUGUUUAAAUCAAAUGAAGCCAAAUUAAUUGACGAACUCAAGGCUAAGUCUCAAGAUAUUCUUGCCUUAGAGAAAAAUGCAAAGGAGCUUAACCAGUUAUUUACUGAGCUAAACGCAACAAUUAAAAAACGAGGUGAAAACAUCUACAAACUCGAACAGGAAAUUUUGCUCACCAGUGAACAGAUAGACAAGGGAAAGGCGGAUAUGGCUUCCGCGUAUAAAGCUGGAAGUGGAUACGGUGUUUACUGGAUGUGUAUAGUAAUUGCAACUGUUACGUGUCUUUUACUGUUUCCUUCACAAAUUAAAUCGGCUGUUUUCAGGACACAUUGAACUUUUGCUCCUCUUCACUGACUGAGGUUGUCCUCCCAAUCGACGCGUCUAGGUAGUCAUUUUCCUUAGUCGCAUAUCUACACAUUAAACACACGAUUUUAAAU